AUGAAGUCUUUCUCCACCUUGAUCAUCAAAAAGCAUUCAGCCUUGCUUGAAGUCAAGCAGGAAGAGCAGAUCCCUGUCGACGCCGACCACAGCAUAAUGUGUAAGUUCGAGGCGGGCAGCGAUGACAUUUUUGAAGCAGGGUCCCCGGGCCACCGGUUAGGCGAGUAUGUCGCCAUGACACACCGGUCGAGUGCCGUUUAUCGGACUUGGUCCGCGUGUACUGCAGCUUACGCUAUGAGAAGCCAGACCACUAUCCUCGACUAUUAG